UAUCAAUCUUUUUCUUCUCUCCUCCCUUCGACUUGAGUUACCAAGUUAUUUUUUUCUUCUCUCUUUCUUUUGUCAUAGUUAUCAUAUUUAUGAGUGUAAUUCUUGAACGAUUUUCAUUUUUAAGAGGGAAACAUUUUAAAGGGCGAUAUGAUUGUGACUAAACCUACUAAUCUCUUCAAUGAUAAUUUUUAAAAAAAAAAUUCGAAUUCCAAAAAACUACAAUAUUUACCCUCGCAUAAGCAAACAUUCAUUUAAAAUUUUAUUGUUGUUUUCCCUGUUUCUUUCUAAUCUUUUUGCCGUAUGAUUCUCCUUUCCUCACCAAAAAUCUUCUUCUAACCUUAGUUUUAUCAAUUAAAAAAUGUACUUAUACAUAUGAAAUAAUCACAAUUUUGACAUUGAAUCGAAUUAAGUAUAUACUCAAUUGAAUGAUCUUAUUUUCAAACGUGAUUAACUAAAUGUCGGAUGGAUGUGAAAAAGUAGAUGUUCGUGUAUCUUUAAUAUUAUUUUUUUGUUUAUUUUUUGCUAGGAAAAAAGUAAGCAGUUUGCAGCUAUAAACUGAAUCCUUCCACAGUCUACAGUCUACAGUCACACCUUUGUCUCUUUUUUUCUUCUCUCUCGAUUUAUGUGCAAUAUAUCCAUGAUACCAACUUAUCGUUAUUCUGCAUCUUCUCCUCCCAUGCCUUUUUUUGAUCUAAAUAAUGAAGAUCACAAUCACCAUCUCUUCACUACUAAUCAGCAAGCAACUUCUUCAUCUUCUUCUCUAUCAUAUUCUAUACUCUUCAACCAAAAUCAAGAUCAAACAAAUUCUUAUUCUUGGGAAUCAAACCACAUACUAAGUGAUGGUGUAGAGGUUAAGAAUUUUGUACCUUCUAGUGAAUCAUGGGAUCAUCAAGAAGUGGAAAAGGAUGCAAAAGAUUGGAAGAAAGAAGAAGAUAAUGAAAAUUUUAGGGAUGAGGGGAGAAUUUCAAUGAAGUGGAUGCCAUCAAAGAAGAGAAUGAUUAAGAGGAUGAUGGAAGAUCAAAGGGCUUCUGAGCAAGAAUUUGAGAAACAAAUCAAGCAAUUAUCACCAAAUCUAGUAGGAACUGAGGAUAGUAGCAACAACAAUUUUUCAAACAACAGCACUGUUAGGGUUUGUACUGAUUGCCACACAACUAAGACCCCUCUCUGGAGAAGUGGACCAACUGGUCCCAAGUCACUUUGCAAUGCCUGUGGGAUUCGACAAAGAAAAGCGAGACGCGCCCUUGCAGCAGCUGCAAAUGGUGAGACUCUUGUGGUGGCAGAGAAACCAUAUGUGAAGGGAAAGAAGUUGCAAAUCAAAAGGAAAAGGUCAAAAACUGAUCAAUGUGCACAACUAUUGAAAAGGAAGGGUAAAAGUGAAAACAAGUGUAAUAAUUUUGAAGAUUUGAUAACAAGUUGGAGCAACAACUUGGCUUCCCAUCAAGUUUUCCCUCAAGAUGUGAAGGAGGCUGCUAUUCUACUCAUGGCUUUAUCUUCUGGCUUACUUAAUGGAUGUUCUUCUGAUGAAUGCUAAGAUUUUUGAGAUGAUUAAGUUUAUAUUAGAAGACUUUGUUUUGUUAAAACAUAAUUUGUAUGAGAUCAAUGUUUGGGGAGAGAGGGUACUUAAAAUAAAGUUCGUUAGGGAAAAUUGAUAAUAGUGACAAUAAUGUAUUAGAUGGGUACAUGUGUGGUUUUAUUAAUUUUGUUGGAUUUGAGCAUGUAGACAAAACACAAAACGUGAGUCUAUCUUGUUCAUAUAUGAUCGUACAAUCCUAGAAUAGACAUUCAAUAAAAUUAUUACAAGGGGUUUUAUUAUGUAAAAGUAAACUUUCUCAGUAAUAUAAUUUUGUGUCCUUAUUACAUAUAGAUGCAUGGUUGG